AUGCAUAGGUGGCUGACUAUUCAGUUGCAAGUGAACAAGUUUUGUUCAUGCUAUGAGGCCAUUCAACGUAGGAAUCAAAGUGGGACAACAAUUGAAGAUAAGAUGAACGAAGCGAAAAAGUACUACACUUCACAAGACAAGGACAAGAAAUCUUUUGGUCUUGAUCAUUGUUGGAACAUACUAAAGAAGGAGGACAAGUGGAAAGCAAAGAUGAUAGAACUUGCCGAGCUGGAGAAAGUAGCAGCAAGCAAGAAGAAUAAGAAGGCCACAAAGAAUUCCAGGCCAAGGGAUGAAGGAGCCAAUAGUGAUGAUCAAGUCGUAGCGGUUGGUGAUGAACCUGUAGAAACAGAACCAAGAAAAAGGUCAGAUGGGAUCAAGAAGGUCAAAGAAAAUCAUAGGCGAGGAGGUGGUGAGGCUUGCGUGCAAGCUUUGGACAAGAUGUGGGCAAAAAAGGAGGAGUCGGACAAGGAAAAAGCGAAGGCUAAACAAGAGAGGUUCAUGGCUUCACUUGAAGUAGACAAACAAGCACUAGAGCUAGAGAAGAAGAGAGCUGAUGCGGAACUGAAAAGAGCUGCAGCAGAUUUGCUAAAACAGGAAAAAGAAAUUAUGAUGGCGAACAAGGCUGGUCUUGACACGCUGCAGCUUGAAUGGCUUCAGAUGAUGCAAGAGGAGAUUGUCGCUAAUAAGCGUCUUGGAAAAACAAUUUAGUUUAUGUCUUCUAUGUUCUAUAAUUCUUGAACCUUUAGUUUGAUUUGCUUUCAUAGUCAUCAGAACAUUUUCUUUCAA